UCUUCUUGUUUCAUCAAGUACAAGAAUUGAAUUUGAUAUUGAGAAACAUUUUCAGAAGUUAACAAAAUUACAAAAAUUAAUUAUUCGAUUAGAUCAUUAUAUGAAUCUAAGAACUCCAGUGAAACAAUUAACUUCAAUUCAUUAUCUUCCUAAUUUAAAACAUCUAGAAUGGUUUGAAAUAGUACCAAAUGAUUUACAAAUAUUAUCAUCUAUUCCAUGUUUACCUCCAUUACAAUAUAUUCAUCUUCAACAUACUUUGAUUACAAAUGAAAUUUUAUAUUAUUUAAGUAAAAUAUCAACGAUUACAUCAUUAAAAUCAGAUCGAUUUUCACCUAUACAAAGUAAAUUAAAUCUUAUUGGCUUUAAUUAUUUACUUUCAUUAAAAGAAACAUUGAGAGAAUUGGAAAUAAGUGCUAAAGAUAUUAUACAUGAUGAAUUAAUGAUCGUUCAACAACCAACAGAAGCUGAUUGUACUGAAGAUGAAUAUGAAGUAAACUUAACUUUUGAAUAUGUUAAUAUUUUCAAACAAUUUAUUCAUCUAACAACUCUAUCAUUGAAUAAAAUAAGGAUAUCAACAAAAGAUAUAGACGAUUUAUUAUCAAGUAUGGCUUAUCAUAACAAAUUAAAAAUCUUAAAUUUAGAAUCUGUUUGUUUUCCAUCAUUUACUAUUUUAUCAACAGUGAUCAGUCUAGAAGAAUUAUCAUUAUCACAUCCAUACAAUAGACAUCAAGAAGAAUAUACAGAUAAAGAUUUAUUCAAAUUAUAUUCAUUGAAAAACUUAAAAGUAUUAAUAUUAUAUCAUAGUAUUAACUUAACAAAAAUGACAAGACAACAAUUAAAAAGAGAUGAUAAUUUAAUAUUUGAACAUCUAGAAGAGUUUAUUUAUAAUGAUGAUACUGACAAUCAUGAUGACAACGAAGAAGAUUGUGAUGAAUGA